UCAAAGGCUUUCAUUCAUUUUUCAAUUUUCAUAAAUAUAAAUAUAAAUAUUAUUAUUACAACCAACAACGAACACUGCAGUUAGUUGCAGUAGUCGUAUUUAUAUUCUAUAAUCUAUCUUUCUCCGAUCUGAUCGCCGGUGGAAGAUGAACGGCGGUGCAGGGAGACAGGGGCUGAGAUCUGGUUCAACCGCCGUGCACCACCAGCGUCAGCACUCCGAUAACAACUUCCUCGACGGCGGCUCAUCCACCGGCACCGCCAACAGGUGGCUCCAAUCUGCUGGCCUUCAACAUCUUCAUUCCUCCUCCGCCAAUCCCCUUCCUCCUCUUCAGGAUUAUAGCAUGUACGGCGGCGGAGUGCAUAGGAAUGCGCAGAGGAGCUUCAAUGGAGGAGGAACUGAGUAUUACAUGGAGCCGGCUACGCCUCCAGGUGCUCACCGUGCUUUGACGCAGAAGAAGAACGGCGAUGAUUCUUCCGGUGAUUUCAGCCCUGGCUUGUUGGAUCUGCAUUCGUUUGACACUGAGCUUCUUCCUGAGAUUCCAGCUUCCAAUGCACAUGAUGCCAGUUUCUUGUAUCAACCUAGCCGGGGUAGGAGCUUUGAUGACGCAGAAACUUACAUGAUGAGCAAGCAGACAGCCAAAGCUCGUGCUACUGAAAAUGUACUGAAAGUUUUUCCUGCAGACAAAGAGAAAUCUAGUUCUGUGGCAAAGAUUAAAGUUGUGGUUCGUAAAAGACCAAUGAACAAGAAAGAAUUAGCAAAGAAUGAGGAAGACAUUAUAGAAACAUAUUCCAAUUCUUUAACAGUGCAUGAAACUAAACUGAAGGUUGACCUUACCCAGUAUGUGGAAAAGCAUGAAUUUGUUUUUGAUGCUGUCUUGGAUGAAGAGGUUACGAAUGAUGAGGUGUAUCGUGAAACAGUGGAGCCCAUAGUUCCAAUAAUCUUUGAACGCACUAAGGCAACUUGCUUUGCAUACGGGCAAACAGGAAGUGGAAAAACUUUCACAAUGAAGCCGCUGCCACUUAAAGCAUCAAGGGACAUCCUAAGAUUGAUGCAUCAUACUUACAGGAACCAGGGAUUUCAAUUGUUUGUGAGUUUCUUUGAAAUAUACGGCGGGAAGCUUUUUGAUCUCCUUAAUGACCGAAAAAAACUUUUCAUCAGGGAGGAUGGGAAGCAGCAAGUUUGUAUUGUGGGUUUGCAAGAGUACUGUGUAUCUGAUGUGGAAAGCAUCAAAGAACUGAUUGAGAGAGGAAAUGCCACAAGAAGUACAGGCACCACUGGUGCAAAUGAGGAGUCAUCAAGGUCUCAUGCAAUACUUCAGCUUGCUAUCAAGAGGUCAGUUGAUGGCAAUGAAUCCAAACCUCCCCGUCCUGUUGGGAAGCUCUCCUUCAUAGAUCUUGCUGGAAGUGAACGUGGAGCAGAUACAACAGAUAAUGACAAACAGACAAGAAUAGAAGGUGCUGAAAUCAAUAAGAGCUUACUUGCCUUAAAGGAAUGCAUAAGAGCUCUUGAUAAUGACCAAGGACACAUCCCUUUCAGAGGCAGUAAGUUGACUGAAGUUUUGAGGGAUUCAUUUGUCGGCAAUUCCCGCACUGUUAUGAUAUCGUGCAUAUCCCCAAGCUCUGGUUCAUGUGAACAUACUCUGAAUACACUAAGAUAUGCUGACAGGGUAAAAAGUCUAUCUAAAGGUAACAAUUCGAAGAAGGAUGUCUUAUCUUCGACUUUCAACCUUAAAGAAUCAACUACGGUUCCCUUAUCUUCUGUUACUGCAUCGGCCUAUGAGGAUUGCACAGCUGAUGCAUGGUCUGACGAAAAUGAAGGGGGUGAUUUUAGCCCCUCUGAAGAGUACUACGAGCAGGUGAAACCAUCAUUGAAGAAAAAUGGAAAGAUGGAAUCAUAUGCUACAACUGAGGUCAAGUUGAAGAAACCCAGUGGUCAGAUAAAAUGGAAGGACCUCCCAAAAGCUGAACCAAAAGCAGCUAGUCCAGAGGAUGAUUUAAAUGACCUCUUACAGGAAGAAGAGGACCUUGUAAAUGCUCACCGGACACAAGUAGAGGAAACCAUGAAUAUUGUUAGAGAGGAGAUGAAUCUCUUGGUUGAAGCAGAUCAACCAGGAAAUCAGCUGGAUGGUUAUGUAACAAGACUAAAUGCCAUUCUUUCUCAGAAGGCGGCUGGCAUCUUGCAGUUGCAAACCCGUUUAGCUCAUUUUCAGAAACGUUUAAAGGAGCAUAAUGUUUUGGUUUCAUCCAAUGGUUACUGAUAUCAUUUAAAACGGACUCAUAGUGAGAAGGUUUUAUUUCUGUGGUCAGAAUGAUUCAUUCCUGCGAUUCAGUGGAAGAUUAUGAUAGAUCUGAGAUAUGAAGUGGUACUGUUACUUGUUGAUUCAUCAUGAUUUUGUACCUUGGUUACUCUCCUUGAGAAGGGUUUCACUUUUUUCUCUGUACCUUACUAAGAAUGUAGCCAUGUAUUGGUUUUACUUGCUGCUGUCAAGGCAAUGUAUCAAUGUUGACAAUGUAUAAAAGCUCUGUUGAUGUUUGAUUGAUCAAUUGAAUAUUUAUAUUUUUCAAA